AUGCACCACAUCUCGUCACAGGACCUUCGAAUGAUAUUGGAUGAUACACCUGACACCGAAGACCUAUCAACCAAGAAAAGACCAGUGAAAGAAGACUUUGUCCAGCUGCCGCAACCCCUCAAGAAGCAGAAGGCCGCCUCUCAAGAACAUGUAUUCCCGCCCAUUAUUGUAGGGUUACUCGAGCCACCACCCCUCAACGCCAACUCGGCCCUGUUCCCUCCCAUAUCAUCUGGGACAUUUAACACCCGACCACACUCCGCCGAGCCCCCGCAAAAUUUGAGCCUCAACAAGCCCGCAGAUCUCAAGAUCUUGACAGAAGACAAGAGCAUCUCGAGCUCCCCUCCCGAUGCCGAGCGAACUCCGACGGGAAAGGUCAAGCGACGUGCUGCUAAACCACGACGAAAAUGGUCUGAAGAAGAGACGAACCACCUGCUACUCGGUGUGAGCAAACACGGCGUUGGGAGAUGGACAGAUAUCUUGGAUGACCCCGAGUACAAGUUCAAUGAGCGUUCGGCAGGAGAUCUGAAAGACCGAUUUCGCACAUGUUGCCCGGAUGAACUCCGAGGCAAAUCGAAAGACAAACACGGCGUGCAAAAGCCAAAGCCAAACCCGACUGUAAUACCACCUGUCGAGCCAAAGCCCAAGAAGGGAUUGAUGUCAGAGAACAUUCUGAACGAGCCAGAGGAAGCUACAGAGUCGGACAGAGCCCAGUCUGUCCACAAUGAUUCGGACUCGACUCUGAAGCAGCGGAAGAGUCGUGCCCAUCGCAAAAAGCUAGAGGAUCUGGCCGAACUUGGCAUUAAAGGGCCGUUCAAGAAGUCACAACGACGAGGGCGUCGACCAUUCUCGGAACAAGACGAUAGAGAGAUAUUGGAAGGAUUCGAGCUUUACGGUCCACAAUGGACCAAGAUUCAGAGGGACCCAAAAUUCAAUCUGUCGACCAGACAACCGACCGAUUUAAGGGAUAGAUUACGAAACAAAUAUCCCGAAAAAUUUGCUGGCGCCGAGAGGGCAACAAUGCAAGUCAAGGAGCCGAGCCGUAGCAAAAAUCUCUUGGAGCCUUCGGUGGAUAUGAAUAUUGACAAUGCCCUCAACAAGUCGAGAUCCAAGACAGCCCUUCUUGAACCUCAGCUUAAUCGCACAAACUCAAAGGAGGAUAUGCCAAAAUGGCCGAUACCCAAUCUGAUGGAUCCGGCCGAGUCUUCGCAACCUCCGUCCAGUUUGUUCUGGGGCGAAUCCAUAGUAACGGGAUUUGCUUCAGGGGGUAUUGGCGAGAUGGACAUUUCACGGCUGCUCCUCGAUGACACGCAAAUUGCCAAUGAACAUUCUUUGGCGGACAAAAGGGGUCUGGGAUGA